AUGCCUUUUGGACUGAAAAAUGCAAGUGCCUCUUAUCAGAGGCUGGUGAAUAGGAUGUUCAAAGAGCAAAUCGGGAAAUCAAUGGAGGUCUAUGUUGAUGAUAUGCUUGUAAAGAGUCAGAGGUCAUAUGACCAUUUGUCACACUUGAAAAAGGCGUUCGCUAUAAUAAGAACUUAUGGGAUGAAUUUGAACCCAAGCAAAUGUACGUUUGGCGUUGGUGGAGGCAAAUUCUUGGGUUACAUGGGAGCAGAGAAAAGGUAUGCGGAGACAAAAAAACUGGCCCUAGCUUUGGUAGUAACUGCUCGCAAGUUAGGAUCGUAUUUCCAGUCACAUAAGGUAGUGGUGUUGACUAAUCACCCGUUGAAGAGUAUAAUGUCUCGUCCUGAAGCGUCAGGGAGAUUAGUGAAAUGGGCGGUUGAGUUGGGUGAGCACGAUAUUGAAUAUCAGGCUAGAACCGUUGAAAAAGCACAAGUACUUGCGGAUUUCGUGAUGGAGCUCGCUAGUGAGCCGAAUCAAGAACUAACGACUUGGAUGCUGCAUGUGGAUGGCUCUUCCAAUGCUGGUAACAGAGGAGCUAGCAUAUUGAUACAAGGACCAGAAGGGGUGGAGAUCGAGGUCGCGACAAGGUUGUCUUUUUCAACAACUAACAACGAAUCUGAGUAUGAAGCACUGAUAUUAGGAUUGGAGUUGGCCUAUGAAGCUGGAGCAAGAGAUCUCGAGGUGUAUACUGAUUAUCAGCUAGUAGCAAUGUAG